AUGAUGAGAGGAACCACGCUCUGGGUUCCGCAAUCAACUGCCGAACUGUACGCUUCCGUUUUGGGCUCCUGGGUACCACGUCAAAAUCCUGGUACGUUGUCCUUCAGUGACGUUUUGCCCAGUUUACGACUAACACCGUCGUUAUUCGCGACUAUGGCUUCCCUGCUAGAUCCCCAUGUACUCCUCCUGUGGUCCCAUCUGCUCACUGUGACUCCUUUCUCGCUAGCAUCCUUCGAACUUGCAAAAACUAAAGCCUCGAAUGAGGAGCGUUGGCGAACGGAUGAUCAAAAUGAUUGGACUGGGAUCUGCGCGGAUGGCAACAAUCAGUCGCCGGUGGAUCUCGCACUCAGUGCGGCGGAGCUAGUCAACUAUGACAGAAUAACAUUCAACAAUUACCAUCUCACGGGACCAGUUUUCGUAGAUAAUAGUAGCGGACAUUCAGGAACAGUGGAAGGAUUUUUCAAAUGGGGGCUACCACCUUCGAUCAGCGGUGGAAACUUGAAAACUACGUAUUUCCUGCGGCAACUACAUUUUCACUGGAACAGUGAGCACACGUUUAACGGACUUCACUAUCCAGCCGAGCUCCAUCUUGUACAUAUAUCCGAUCGAUAUGAUCCCACUCUGAACAUGAGCCUCUCUGGAAAAGUUGCAGUUAUAGCCAUCCCGUUUCAAGUUGGAGAUUCGGACGCUGGUCUCUAUGGGAUCGAUGAUCUUUUGAUCGCGGUCAAUUCAAUAGAUUCUGGAAAGGCUACUGCUUCAAUCAGUCCAAGUGUCCUACUGCCCAUGGACACCAAAACAUUCUUUAGAUAUUCGGGAUCCCUCACCACUCCACCAUGCACAGAGGGUGUCACGUGGACAGUUCUUUCGGAACCGGUAAUUUUGUCAGCCGAACAGUUAGCUGCCCUAAAAGGUCCCCAUACUCAUGUUGACAUAGAAGAAGUUCGUAAUUCAAGGCCCAUUCAACCCAUGAAAGGGAGAAAAUUGUACCUGAACAAGGGAGGAAGGACAUUCCUGGAAGAGGACGCUCUCUCCAAAGUGCUCUACAUUUUCUCCCUUCUAAUACUGCUAAUGGUAGCACCACCAUUACUCAUUUUAUGGGUGAUCUACAAGAAAACCACACUUCCAAAUUCAAAUGCGUCCACAAUCUCCGGAGACGAUUCGGAGACGGAAACUGCAAGGGAGGAGGAAUUAGGAUUUAUGAGAGCAGAGUUAGAAGUGCCGCUGGAGGAGCCGGCGCUACAAAAUCCUUCUCAACAACCAGCCAACCCAUCUAAUGGACGUCGUGAAUCUUCUCUUGGUCGCCAAAUAUACGAGUGUCUGUGUGUCUCCCCAGAGGAGUCGGUGCUCCCGUACCACGGCGAAUAA